CAUUUAUUGAGCUUCAUUCAUUCUCAUUCUUACCAUCUUGAAUAUCUUUCCCAAAAAGACAACAAAAGGUCACCAAAGGCUUUCUUCUCCCCUUGCCUGCUCUUCUCAGCCUCUCGCUUCUUUUCACAAGUCGCAGGUGAGAGCACAUUUGUGCUGAUCAAGUAAAGAAGGUGCUUUCUCUAUAAUUUUACCAAAAAGUACUAAAAAAGACAAGAUGGAUACCGACCUAAUCAAAGUAGUGAACAAACUGCAAGAAACCUUCAGCGCUGUUGGAGGCGAUCAAGUUGAUCUGCCACAAUGCGUCGUUGUUGGAAGUCAAUCAAGCGGUAAGAGUAGUGUGCUGGAAACGAUUGUGGGAAAGGAUUUCCUUCCACGUGGAAACGGUAUCGUCACUCGUCGCCCAUUGGUCCUUCAGCUUGUUCAUACGCCCGUCGGGACUACUAUGCCACGCACAACCUCUUUAGAAAAUACACAAGAUCGUCAACCAACAUACACAGAAUAUGGUGAAUUCUUACAUUUAGACAAAAGGUUCACCGAUUUCGAUGAAGUCAAGCGCGAAAUUGAAAAUGAGACAUUCCGUGUUGCCGGUCAGAACAAGGGAGUCAGCAAGCUACCUAUCCAUCUAAAAAUCUUCAGUCCGCACGUUUUAAAUCUAACACUUGUCGAUUUGCCUGGACUGACAAAGAUCCCUGUAGGUGAUCAACCUACAGAUAUCGAACGUCAAAUUCACAGCCUCGUCACAAGUUACAUCUCUAAACCCAAUUGCAUCAUCAUCGCUGUCAGCCCUGCAAAUGUAGAUUUGGCAAAUUCUGAUUCACUCAAAUUGGCGCGCGCAAUCGAUCCACAAGGAAGAAGAACGAUUGGUGUUUUGACCAAAUUGGAUUUGAUGGACAAUGGCACACAUGCUCUUGAUAUCCUUACCGGCCGCGUAUAUCCGCUCAAGUUGGGCUUCAUUGGCGUUGUGAACCGUUCACAACAAGAUAUAAAUGGUAAUAAAUCCAUGUUGGCCGCACGAAAGGCUGAAGAGGACUUUUUCAGCAAUCACCCGGCUUACCGCAAUAUCGCACAUCGAUGUGGAACAAAGUAUUUAGCAAAGACGUUGAAUCAAGUCUUGCUGGCACAUAUCAAAGACCGCUUACCGGAUAUGAAAGCUCGCUUACAAACGCUCAUGACACAAACACAACAAGAACUGGCAAGCUUUGGUGAUACAGCCCUGAUGGGGGAGACGCAUAGAGGGUCGCUGGUUCUGAAAUUGAUGACCCAAUUUGCAAGAGAUUUCGUGAACUCGAUCGACGGUAAGACUUUGGAAGCUUCAACAAAAGAAUUGUGUGGUGGAGCAAGAAUCUACUUUAUCUUCAAUGAUGUAUUUGGAAGUGCAUUGGAGGGCAUCAAUCCAACACAAAACUUACAAACGCAGGAUAUUCGAACUGCGAUCCGGAAUAGUACAGGACCAAGACCAAGUCUAUUCGUGCCUGAACAAGCAUUUGAGCUUCUGAUCAAACCACAGAUCAAGCUGCUAGAACCUCCAAGUUUGCGAUGUGUUGAAUUGGUAUACGAAGAAUUGAUGAAGAUCUGCCACAAUUGCACAAGCUCAGAACUACAACGCUUCCCAAGACUGCAUUCACAAAUUAUUGAAGUGGUCUCUGAAUUGCUACGCGAACGUCUCGGUCCAACGUCAGAUUACGUGCAAAGCUUGAUUGCUAUUCAAGCAGCUUAUAUCAACACAAACCACCCAGCAUUCGUUCAAGAUUCUGCAAAUAUUGCUCGCCAGACGCGUGAAGGACAUCAAAGACAUGGACCUGCGUUGCUCAAAGGACCUAGAAGUCGACGUGGCUCGAUGGAAUCAGAUGAGUACGGUGGUGCAAAGGUUGUAGAAGAAGAUGAGGAUGACAGCGGUUUCAAGGAGACCAACAGAUCCUUGGCUUUGAAUGGAAACAAUUACACAAAAGCUAAUGGUAGAGCAGAGAACCACGCAAAGGCUGCAAACAAUGGACGAAACACAAAUGCAACUUCUGCGCCUAUGCAACAAACAGCAAGCGGGUCGCGAAAUUCGCAAGAGAGUGGUAAAGAUUCAUUCUUGACAUACUUCUUUGGUGGAGCGAAUGGUUUGCCUGGCGCGACUACCAAUACUACUGCUGCCGGUCUAGGUCAACGAUCAAGUCUGUUUGCUGAUUCCAAGCAGAGUGAUAUGAUUGCUCAAGGAAGUACUGCAGCCUAUAGCAUGCGCAGUUUGGAAAAGCACUUGGAAGCCACACCUCUCACAUCUGAUGAAUUGACAUUGACAGAUCGUGAAGUGUUGGAAACAUCUUUGAUCAGGAAUUUGAUUGGAUCGUACUUUGGAAUCGUACGACAGAGUAUUCAAGAUCUCGUGCCAAAAGCUGUUAUGCAUUUAUUGGUUGACAAUUGCAGAGAAACGAUUCAAAAUAGGCUUGUUUCAACUUUGUUCAAAGAUUCACUCUUUGAUACAUUGUUGGAGGAAGAUCCUGCUUUGACAGGAGAACGUAAACGUGUUGCAUCUUUGCUUGAUGCUUAUCGCAAAGCAUUCGAAGUGCUUUCAGAGGUCAACUUCCGUCCUUGAAAGAUAGAGAGAAAAGGGGUUCAAGUCGCUUUUUUAAAACAUUGUCACCACUCGAUUUAAUCUUUAUACAACAACAAAAAUACACGUAUAUCCUCUACUCUCUUCGUUUUGUCUUGCAUACAUUCAUUUCUAUAUGACCCUAUCUUUCGUUAUCAUGUUAUCCUUAGAUCUUUUCUUGUGUUUGUAAACAAUCCUUGUUAUAUAUUCUACAUUUGUGGCAAUCAUGCU